GAAGCCUGGGAGCGAAAGCUUCGGGAACGCGAGGCCGGCGAGAGCGUGAAAGGAACCGCGCAUCUGAAAGCGGGAAAGGUACACCGCAAGCCGGUAGAAGGGCCGACAGCUGCAGGCUACCCGGCCGACUCUGUGAGUCCAGCUGUGGCCAAAGAAGAAGAGGAGGUGCCCGCGACCUUCUCUCCUCUCCAAUGCCUCUUUGACCGUCGACACUUCAAGUCAGUCGAGGAGAACUUGGCUUACAUGUGGAAGACCUACAGCUUCUUCAUCCCUGACCGGGAGUACUGCGUCAACGUAGAGGGCCUGCUGGAACAUCUGUGGAAGAA